AUGACCAUUACUGCCGAUUUGAAUGUGAGGUUGGUGAAUGGUAGCAGUCGUUGUUCUGGUAAUGUUGAGGUUCUUUAUGAUGGUCAGUGGGGAACAGUGUGUCAAGAUGACUGGGAUUUGACAGACGCUGAAGUGGUGUGUAGAGAAGUGGGCUGUGGAGAGGCUGAUGAGGUGCUAUAUUGGUCUCACUUUGGAGGAGGAUCAGGACCAAUCUGGAUGGAUAAUGUGAACUGUAGUGGAACUGAGCCCACACUUAUGAACUGUAGUUCAGAUGGAUGGGGUGUCAGUGAUUGUGAUCAUGAUGAAGAUGCUGGAGUCAUCUGCUCAGAAACCAUAAACUAUGGAAGGUUUACAAGACUUUUUGAUGGACCUCAUCAGUGCUCUGGUAGAGUCGAGCUGCUUUGUGGGAACAUCUGGAUGUCAGUGUGUGAUGCUGUGUUUGAUGAUCAGGAUGCAGAGGUUGUGUGUAGAGAGCUGAACUGUGGGGUUCCUGUACAGCUGCUGGGUGCAGAUACUUUUGGUAAAGGAGAGGGGCAGGUGUGGACACAAGAGAUUCAAUGUAGAGGAAAUGAAUCAUUCAUUCGAUUCUGUCCAUCAUCAAAUAUACAAGUAACCUGCUCUCAUGACAAUGAUGUGGGACUCACAUGUUCUGGUAAAUACCAAUGCUGAACCUGUUUAUCAAUUAAUUUAAUAUUUAUUUCAUCUUACGGGA